CGUCCCAUUGCUCUUAAAACUCAUUUCCCUGCUUCUCGUGGUUUCCUUGCGUCUCUCCAUGCUUCCCUGGUGGGAGGGAAUAGUCGCAGGGAAACGACGCAAGUGAGGGACGCAAGGAAUCCAUUUAACCGAAGUGAAACGCAGCCAUACACAAAUACAAGAGACACGAUGGCCGAGUUCAAACGGAUUCAAAUGUGUUCACUUCUCAUUCUGCUGCUUCAGUUUACAGGGGCUGCAAUUGGACAGCGUCCCCUCUUCCUCUCUGUCAGAGUUGGAGAUGAAGCCACUUUGCCGUGUAACAGUGUGAGAGAUGAUCAGGAUCAAUGUAACGGUACUACCUGGUUCUUCAGAGAUUCAAGAGGCACAGCAGUGCUGGUUGAAGAUGGGCAGAUUGAUGAAGAUGCCAAAGCUAAAUCAGACAGACUGAGAGUUACAGAGAAUUGUUCUCUGGGUAUAAAGAAGGUCACAGAGGAGGAUGCUGGAGGUUACGGCUGCAGACAGUUCAGAUCAGGAGAACAACGACGAGGUCCAGGCUCUUAUGUUUAUCUGUCUGUUGUUACCAUGACUGAACAUCAGGACAAUGAUGAGGUGACGUUAAACUGCUCUGUGGUGCCAUAUAGACGGUGUGAUCACAGAGUGAAGUGGCUGCUUCAGGGUCGAGAUGUGGAUAAAGAUCACAGAGAGAUAAAGACAUCACAGUCUCCCUGCUCUGCCUCUGUGACAUUUCUGAGUUCCCUCUUUAGUUACACAUCAAGGUCUGAGUUGUUUACUUGUGAAGUAACUUAUCGUUCCAACGUGUGGACCUUCAGCCCUCAGUCCUCAGGGGCUGCAAUUGGACAGCGAUACCUCUACCUCUCUGUCAGAGUUGGAGAUGAAGCCACUUUGCCGUGUAACAGUGUGAGAGAUGAUCAGGAUCAAUGUAACGGUACUACCUGGUUCUUCAGAGAUUCAGGAGGCACAGCAGUGCUGGUUGAAGAUGGGCAGAUUGAUGAAGAUGCCAAAGCUAAAUCAGACAGACUGAGAGUUACAGAGAAUUGUUCUCUGGGUAUAAAGAAGGUCACAGAGGAGGAUGCUGGUCGUUACGUCUGCAGACAGUUCAGAUCAGGAGAACAACAACGAGAUCCAGGCUCUUAUGUUUAUCUGUUUGUUGUUACCAUGACUGAACAUCAGGACAAUGAUGAGGUGACGUUAAACUGCUCUGUGGUGCCAUAUAGACGGUGUGAUCACACAGUGAAGUGGCUGCUUCAGGGUCGAGAUGUGGAUAAAGAUCACAGAGAUAUAAAGACAUCACAGUCUACCUGCUCUGCCUCUGUGACAUUUCUGACUUCUCUUUUUAGUUACACAACAAGGUCUGAGUUGUUUACUUGUGAAGUAACUUAUCGUUCCAACGUGUGGACCUUCAGCCCUCAGUCCUCAGGGGCUGCAAUUGGACAGCGAUACCUCUCUGUCAGAGUUGGAGAUGAAGCCACUUUGCCGUGUAACAGUGUGAGAGAUGAUCAGGAUCAAUGUAACGGUACUACCUGGUUCUUCAGUGGUUCAGGAGGCACAGCAGUGCUGGUUGAAGAUGGGCAGAUUGAUGAAGAUGCCAAAGCUAAAUCAGACAGACUGAGAGUUACAGAGAAUUGUUCUCUGGGUAUAAAGAAGGUCACAGAGGAGGAUGCUGGAGGUUACGGCUGCAGACAGUUCAGAUCAGGAGAACAACGACGAGGUCCAGGCUCUUAUGUUUAUCUGUCUGUUGUUACCAUGACUGAACAUCAGGACAAUGAUGAGGUGACGUUAGACUGCUCUGUGGUGCCAUAUAGACGGUGUGAUCACAGAGUGAAGUGGCUGCUUCAGGGUCGAGAUGUGGAUAAAGAUCACAGAGAGAUAAAGACAUCACAGUCUCCCUGCUCUGCCUCUGUGACAUUUCUGACUUCCCUCUUUAGUUACACAUCAAGGUCUGAGUUGUUUACUUGUGAAGUAACUUAUCGUUCCAACGUGUGGACCUUCAGCCCUCAGUCCUCAGGGGCUGCAAUUGGACAGCGAUACCUCUACCUCUCUGUCAGAGUUGGAGAUGAAGCCACUUUGCCGUGUAACAGUGUGAGAGAUGAUCAGGAUCAAUGUAACGGUACUACCUGGUUCUUCAGAGAUUCAGGAGGCACAGCAGUGCUGGUUGAAGAUGGGCAGAUUGAUGAAGAUGCCAAAGCUAAAUCAGACAGACUGAGAGUUACAGAGAAUUGUUCUCUGGGUAUAAAGAAGGUCACAGAGGAGGAUGCUGGUCGUUACGUCUGCAGACAGUUCAGAUCAGGAGAACAACAACGAGGUCCAGGCUCUUAUGUUUAUCUGUUUGUUCUUACCAUGACUGAACAUCAGGACAAUGAUGAGGUGACGUUAGACUGCUCUGUGGUGCCAUAUAGACGGUGUGAUCACACAGUGAAGUGGCUGCUUCAGGGUCAAGAUGUGGAUAAAGAUCACAGAGAGAUAAAGACAUCACAGUCUCCCUGCUCUGCCUCUGUGACAUUUCUGACUUCUCUUUUUAGUUACACAACAAGGUCUGAGUUGUUUACUUGUGAAGUAACUUAUCAUUCCAACGUGUGGACCUUCAGCCCUCAGUCCUCAGGUGCGUUAUGAUGUAGAUGAUGGUACAGUGAACUAUGAAAACAUCAGACCUCCUGAUGGAGUUUGAGCAACACUUCUGCCUCCAUCAGACUCCACUGAUCAACAACGUCUACAUCCAUCAUCGUGUUUCACAUCAGGAGUGGAAGAUUUUACAAUCAUUCUGAAUUACAUAUUAUUUCAUUUUAGUCUUGAUCUAAUAAACCACUGGAUGUCACCGUAAAGAGCUUUUAACUCUUGUUUCCUUUCUUAUAUUGUCUUCCAGCUGAAGGUUCAGAGCUGAUUUUAAGAUGUACUGAUUGCUAUUAGAGUUACAGCAGCUUGAGCUCAUUUUAAUAUCUCUGUGUUCAGAAUUAUUACUUUCAUUCACUUUCAUUUAGCUUUGCUUUGUCUUUUGAUGUCCAUGUGAUUGAAUGGAUUAUCAGCCUUAAUGUAGAUAGUAAGUUUUCUCUUUGUAAUAUCUGUUGACAUUAGAAUCUGCAAAUAAAAAAAACAACAACAA